CGGCGCUCGCCAGGGCAAGCCCGGGCCGCCGGGACCUCGGCCCGCUCCCGGACCCGAGAGGCCGCUGCACCGGGCCUCAGCCACCCCUCCGGAUGCUGGUGCUGCCGUCCCCUUGCCCCCAGCCCCUGGCGCUUCCCUCUGUUGAGGCCAUGGAGGCCCCUCCCCCUCGGACAGGCAGGUCCCCUGAACCUGGACCUUCCUCCUCCACUGGAUCUCCCCAGACUUCGUCCCCUCCAAGGCCCAACCACUACCUUCUCAUUGACACCCAGGGUGUCCCCUACACAGUGCUGGUGGACGAGGAGUCGCAGAGGGAGCCUGGGGCUGAUGGGGCUUCUGCGCAGAAAAAGUGCUACAGCUGUCCUGUGUGCUCCAGGGUCUUCGAGUACAUGUCUUACCUUCAGCGACACAGCAUCACCCACUCAGAGGUGAAGCCAUUCGAGUGUGACACCUGCGGGAAGGCAUUCAAGCGGGCCAGCCACCUGGCACGGCACCACUCCAUUCACAGAGCCGGCGGUGGGCGACCCCACGGCUGCCCGCUCUGCCCUCGCCGCUUCCGGGAUGCGGGGGAGCUAGCCCAGCACAGCCGCGUACACUCCGGCGAGCGCCCGUUUCAGUGCCCACACUGCCCGCGCCGCUUUAUGGAGCAGAACACGCUGCAGAAGCAUGCCCGGUGGAAGCAUCCAUGAUCUGGUAUCAUGCAUCCCAGGGUUGUAGGACUACUGAAGCCCUGAGACACUUGUGGAGGUGCAGGCCUGCUCUCAGGGCCCUGGACACAGAUGAAACUGGCCUCCUCUGGAAGUGAUUCCCUUCCUGGAGGAGGAAUCCCUAAGCCAUUGCUGCCAGCUUGGUGCUUUAGAGCUGUGAUGGGCACAGUGAGCCCUCACACAGAAUGGGGUCCUUUGGCUCUGAAGACCUGGGGUGGUCCAUGAUAGAGCCCUGACUGGAGGGGCCAAGGGAGAGAAUGUUGUGCCUGAAAACUUGCCCCUUCAAGAAAGCAGCCCUUGGGAGGCCCCACUGUCUUCCUGAGGCCACUAUGCUGACACUGGGCAGGGUCCAGACCUGCCUUCUUUUCCCAACCAGGACUUGAGGCUGGACACCCAAUAAACAGCUUCCCACUCUGAGCACUUGUUCUUGGAGACUGCAUCUUGGACCUUCUUUGCUCACCACCUAGUAGAACCUGCCUCCUGUGGGCCUUGGCUGUCCUGGUUAGGGAAUAGGACUGUUGGCCUGCCCUAGCGUCAGGCUCAUCUCAGCUCCUGAAGACUUGUGUCAUCUGGAAGAGUGUUUUAAAACUUUCUUUAAACAUAACCCACUGUAACAUACAUGUUUUAUAUGAAGCCCAAUGUACAGAUACACAAAAUGUAUGUAAAAGGAGUUUCUUCAACAAUAGCCACCUUUAGUAUGUGCAGGGCCCCUUGAUUUUUUUUCUUUUCUUUUUUUUUUUACUAUUUUUAUUUUAAAUGUAGAGUCCAUCCUACUAUAUUAAAUCUCUGCCCAUGAACCUGCAGUUUGGAAAACACUGAUCUAGGACAGAUGGCUCCCCCUGGACCUUCUGAUCCAGGCUGCAAUUUGUCUGUAAGUGAAGCAGGAGGGGGAUGGUUGCAGUUCUCUUGCUUGGAGCAGACAUUCAGACUCUCUUCGAAGGGUUGAAACCUUGCACUCAUAAGGGCUUCACAG